GCCACUUCGCUAACUUGUGGCUGUUGUGAUGCGUAUUCCCGUAGAUCCGAGCACCAGCCGGCGCUUCAGCCCCCCCUCCAGCAGCCUGCAGCCCGGCAAGAUGAGCGACGUGAGCCCGGUGGUGGCUGCGCAGCAGCAGCAGCAGCAGCAGCAGCAGCAGCAGCAGCAACAGCAGCAACAGCAGCAGCAGGAGGCGGCGGCGGCGGCGGCGGCGGCGGCGGUGCCCCGGUUGAGGCCGCCGCACGACAACCGCACCAUGGUGGAGAUCAUCGCCGACCACCCCGCCGAGCUGGUCCGCACCGACAGCCCCAACUUUCUGUGCUCCGUGCUGCCCUCGCACUGGCGCUGCAACAAGACCCUGCCCGUGGCCUUCAAGGUGGUAGCCCUCGGAGAAGUACCAGAUGGGACUGUGGUUACUGUCAUGGCAGGGAAUGAUGAAAACUAUUCUGCUGAGCUCCGAAAUGCCUCCGCUGUUAUGAAAAACCAAGUAGCGAGGUUCAACGACCUGAGAUUUGUGGGCCGGAGUGGACGAGGCAAGAGUUUCACCUUGACCAUAACAGUCUUCACAAAUCCUCCACAAGUGGCCACUUACCAUAGAGCAAUUAAAGUGACAGUGGAUGGUCCCCGGGAACCAAGAAGGCACAGACAGAAGCUUGAUGACUCUAAACCUAGUUUGUUCUCUGACCGCCUCAGUGAUUUAGGGCGCAUUCCUCAUCCCAGUAUGAGAGUAGGUGUCCCGCCUCAGAACCCACGGCCCUCCCUGAACUCUGCACCAAGUCCUUUUAAUCCACAAGGACAGAGUCAGAUUACAGAUCCCAGGCAGGCACAAUCUUCCCCACCAUGGUCCUAUGACCAGUCUUAUCCUUCUUACCUGAGCCAGAUGACAUCCCCAUCCAUCCACUCCACCACGCCGCUGUCUUCCACGCGGGGCACUGGGCUACCUGCCAUCACCGACGUGCCCAGGCGUAUUUCAGAUGAUGACACUGCCACCUCUGACUUCUGCCUCUGGCCUUCCUCUCUCAGUAAGAAGAGCCAGGCAGGUGCUUCAGAACUGGGUCCCUUUUCAGACCCCAGGCAGUUCCCAAGCAUCUCAGCCCUCACUGAGAGCCGCUUCUCCAACCCACGAAUGCACUACCCAGCCACCUUUACUUACACCCCGCCCGUCACGUCAGGCAUGUCCCUCGGCAUGUCUGCCACCACCCACUACCACACCUACCUGCCACCACCCUACCCCGGCUCCUCCCAAAGCCAGAGUGGACCCUUCCAGACCAGCAGCACUCCAUAUCUCUACUAUGGCAGCUCUUCAGCAUCCUAUCAGUUCCCCAUGGUACCCGGGGGAGACCGGUCUCCUUCCAGGAUGCUUCCACCAUGCACCACCACCUCGAAUGGCAGCACGCUAUUAAAUCCAAAUUUGCCUAACCAGAAUGAUGGUGUUGACGCUGAUGGAAGCCACAGCAGUUCUCCAACUGUUUUGAAUUCUAGUGGCAGAAUGGAUGAGUCUGUUUGGCGGCCAUAUUGAAAUUCCUCAGCCGUGGCCCAGUGGCAUCCAAGGGCCACACCCCACAUGUGUUAAUAUAUACAUAUAUAAAGAGAGUGCGUAUAUAUGUAUAUUGAUUAGCUAUCUAGAAGAUUUCUCACUCACCCCCUAGUCAUGAUCUUGUAACCUAAAGAGGGCAGAGACAGCCAUAACUGGGUUUCAUAUUGUUUACUAUUUAAGAUGUCCCCUCUACCAAGGAACAAACCUUCAAAGGUGGUGUUGUCUAGCCUGAUUUUGUAAGUAACCUGUUCCUACGCCAAUUCAGAGAGAGAGAGGUGGACUCUGGGCCUGGGAGGAGGAUGAGCCAUGCCACUUCCUCUCUGUACUUUGAAACCACGCGCCUGGCUGUGUGGGGGCCAGGGCACUCUGCAGACCAGCUUGCAAAGCCAGCUGUGGUGCACACGAGGAAAGGGACAAGGGUAGCGUGGGUGCUUCCAGUGCUGCCCAUUUGGAAUACCUGUUCCAAAGUUUUCCUUCAGACUUGCUGCAGGUACCCACUUGAACUUUUGAGUUCACUUAUUUUUUAUUUUGAUUUUUUCCUUCUCUAAGAAAGUGACUUCAAAAAUACUGAUCAGGAUAGAUUAUUUUACUUUUUUUAUACUCCCCCUCUUCCCCCAUUUAACCAGAAAUAAAUCCCACCCCAUCCCCUCCCCUCCCUCUUCCUCCUCCUUCUCUCCCUUUAUGCAAAACUGAAAAUGGCAAUAUCUUGUUAUAGCCACGAUGAUAUAGUGUUUGAGUUGGCUGUGUGUUAUUUUUCUUCUUUUUUAAAUUAUGAAUAUGUGUAAAAUCUGAAGUAACUUGCUAACGUGGAUGGUCAUAUAACUUUAAAGAUAUAUUUAUAAUUAUUUAAUGACAUUUGGACAUUUGGAACAUUUUCUUAGUGUAAUGAUAU